CUCAGGUCCACCAUGUCACACGGCUUCUGCAGGGAGCAUUCACAGUUAUAGGUGUGACUAGUCUAGAGUGCAAUGUCACCCAGACACAGCGGAGGGUCCCCUUGGGCAGAGCUGAGCAGAGUCUGCUUACAGGUUGGGGCCACCAUUGCCACCCGCCAGAUGUGUAGGUAAGUGACCCAGUGGGUCAUGGGGCCCCAGCAGACUAGGGUCCCCCACCGUUGGAUCUCCCUGAGUGACUCUAGAUAACCUGUCCUACCAAUUGUCCAGUGAGGCUUAGCACUCAGGCCUGAUUCUCUUACCUGCCUUUGGUGUAGGGUCAGGAACCACUGCUAGGUAGAACAGGCAUCUGCAGGGGUCCCCAUGUUUCAACACACCUGUCUCAUUGCCUCUGCUGCUAGAAAUGUCCAUUUUGAUGGGUUCCUCUAGGUGUAGGGUUGCAGCCCAUAGUUAAGGGCAGAUGGUUUAUUAUUUACCAGAGCGGGAGUAAAGCCUCGUGCUAGAAGUGGGUGGGAUGGAGCAAAACCAGUCUAUCCAUCCAGCUACCCCACUUCGGAGAGAAAAUGCACCAAGCCUGUCUUUCCUGCCUGGCCCAGAGACUUGGAGACACAGGCAUCCCUUCUUGAAGGCUCAGGAGGAGGUCGAAGAGGAGGAUAAAUAUGAGCUGCCCCCCUGCGAGGUUCCACCCCUCAGUCUGGCCCCCGCACAGUCUCUUGGCUCUAAGGAGGACUCCUUGUAUCUGGAUCGUCCUGGGCCCCUGGGUCCAUCCAAACCGUCAGCACCCCUGCCUCAGCCCACCAUGGCCAGAGGACUCCCCACAAAUCCUUCCUUCCCUACCCGUCCUGCCUCUGGCUACCACUUCCCGCUGAAGACAGCAAUGAGUCUGCAGCCUGCAAGCCCAAAGCCGGGGCCUGUUUCUGGAAGGCGAGGGCAAGGUGCACCUGCUAGAGUGGUAACAGACCUUGCAAAGAAAAACGAUGAGGACAUCUACCUGGAGUGUGAGCCGGAGCCACUCCCAGCCUUGACUAAGACUACAAGCUCUAAAGCCCUGAUCCCCCCAGUCCCUCUGCCAAGAACAUCUGGAUUGCCCAGGCCCAUGCUUGGUCACCAGGAGGCUCGGAAUGGAGCAGUGGAUACCACAGUGAAAGGGUCUGCACUAAAUUGGGAGGCUGCCAGUGUGUGUCCCAAGAUCAGUUCUCAUUUGGAAAUCAUGCAAGGACUGUCUGCAGGCCGGAGACUGUCUGCUCCCUCUAUAGCCCCUGCCCUGAGCACCUCUGCUGUUGAGGAUGGAAGCCUUCUGGGUCAGCCUUGGUACUCAGGGAACUGUGACCGUCAAGCUGCCGAGCGAGCCCUGCUUCACUUCCAAAAGGACGGAGCCUAUACUGUGCGCCUCAGCUCCGGGCCUCACAGUUCCCAGCCCUUCACCCUGGCUGUGCUCCUCAGAGGCCGAGUCUUCAACAUCCCCAUCCGGCAACUGGAUGGCGGGCACCACUAUGCCCUGGGCCGGGAGGGCAGGAAUCAUGAGGAGCUCUUCCCCUCCGUGGCCGCCAUGGUCCAGCACUACAUGAAGCACCCGCUGCCGCUGGUGGACAGACACAGCGGCAGCCGGGGGUUCACCUGCCUGCUCUUCCCCACCAAGCCCUGAAGAAACGGUGACGCACAUCCACCGUGGGCACGUGCGGGCCCCCUCGGUUUCCCCUCCCACUUUGGCUUCUUUGUAUCCCCUGCCAGCCCUCCACUCCAAAGUCCCCGCAGGUUUGAAAUGAGAGGCCUUGAGCUGGGCUGCCCCGGGGUGGGGAGGUUGCCUCUCCUUAGACAGACAAGGGAAUAAAUAGGUGCACUGACUUCUCGGGGAUCAACACACUCUGGGUGGGGCUAGUUUACCAGCACGCGGUAUAUUUCAAUAAACAUUUAUUGUCUGAAUUAA